CGAACCGACAACCUUGGUGUUAUAAGCCUGCGCUCUAACCACCUGAGCUAACUGGACACCCCUGUUUUGCCUUUUUUAUGUUCCCACGAACCAUUGGCUGGUCCUGUAGACUCCCAACAGUGGGCGCCCCAACCCCACCCUCAUUGCCUCUAGAAAUGUCAUACAGCUUCAGCCUGGUUUUGUGUUUGGAAAACUCAAUCUCUUUGAACAAGCCACAAUCAUUGUUCAUUAACUACUUGAGGUUGCCAGCAAACCCAGCUAGCUUUCUUGUCUACUAUCAGCAAAGUCAUAAACUUUUUUCUUCAUAAGUGAAGAAGCAAUCCUUGUUGGCCUGUGUUUGGAGAGGGAUACAAAUACUGCUGCUAGGAGGUGUCAGUUAUGAAAAUAGGGACCGGGUCUGAAUUUGAGAGUCCUUGGCCCUGGAUGGUUUUACAUGGAGCAUUUCCUAAAGUGGUGCAGAAUACUGGGUUUUCAGUGCUCUCUGCCACUAAUUAAAAUCUAAAGUUCUGCCAUUAUGUAAUUUCUGAGUGCCUGAUGAGUGCCAGGCUCGGUUCAGGCUUUGCUUCCUACUUUUGUCUCUUGAGUGCCCAGAUUGAGUCUGACUGGCAGCCUAGAGUCAGUGACUGUGUUCCACGGGAUAUUUAAAGCACAGCAGCGCAUUUCCCACCCCCAGCUAGCCCCGUCAUGCCAUGCCCCAAACAGCCUGUCCUAGUUCAAACUGCUGUCACAGAAAUACCGUAGCCUGGGAGUCUUACACAGCAAACAUGUCUCACAGUUCCGCAGGCUGAUCAAGAUCAAGGUGCCAAUAGAUUUGAUGUCUAGGUAAGGAGCUGCUUCCUGUUUCAAAGACCACAUUCUUGCCAUGUCCUCACAUGGCAGAGACAAAAAGCUCUGUCCCUUUAUAAGGGUUCCACUCCCAUCCUGGGGGCUCCACCCUCAUGGCCUCAUCCAAACCUAAUUAUCUCCCAAAGGCCCCACUUCCAAAUACCAUCACAUUGCGGAUUAGACUUCAACAUAUGAAUCUGGGGGACACAAACACCUAAUUACCCACCUUUCCUCACAGGAUAUCGUGUCUUCUGCUACUCAAGCCUCUGCCCCCCCCUCCCACCACCUCCACUGAAUCACCCUAAGUGAAGCCCUCCCUGGCCCCAGCUUUGCCAGAAAGAAACCAGGGGACUGUGACUAAAACCAGGCUGCUGGCAAAAUCCUGUCAUGUGAACCAGUCUUUGGUAGGGUUCUCCUUCGCGUGGCCGUCUGGCUGUGGCUUUCCAAAUAGGACACAGCAGUGAUUUGAGCUGAAGGUAAAGAUCAGGAGUGAGUGCGGUGGCCCAGAUGGAGAGCCCCAUCUGGAGUAUGAGAGACUGGGGGCUGUCGGCUCCCAGCACAUGUCCUAGUCUUGAGCCUCCCAGUCCUCUCCCCACCCGCCCACCAAGAGGGGGCCCCCCUCAUUGUGGUCGUCGCUAGCCUCGUACCCCAGCGUGUGGUCGGUGCUCCCAGGUGCCGAUUGGCUGCCUUGUGGUUAAGACUUUGGCCUUGGGAGCCCUGGCGGCUUCCACAUCUGCAGCGUUCUGGCAGCAGUUGGUAGAUAUGCACACAGGACCCCUUUAAGGAAAUAGUUCCUGAAAAUGAUUAAUCUUUUCCAAAAGACUGUUUAAAUUCUUUCCUAUUUCAAUGAGUGAAUGUUUUAAAAAGGAAAUACACUCAUGUAGUUCAAAAAUUAAGAUAAUAAAAGGCUGUUCAGCCAGACGCUCACCCUGUUUCCCCAAACCACCUCACCCCGCCAUCCCUGUAAGAACAAGUGUUUUCAAUUUAAAGGAUUAAGAAACCAAGUCCCUGGAUUUUUGUUACCAAAACUAAGAGUGUAUCUUCCGCUGUAGAGAGCCGGGGCCUCCCCGACCACCCGUAGGAAAUAGCAAUGCGUCACCACUGCCUGUCCUUGCUCUGCCUUUCUGUUCCCGUGGCCCUCUCAUACUGUGUGUUUGGGCUGUGGUUACUGUCUGUUCCCUGCCGGGAUAUACGCUCCUCUAGGGCAGAGAUUUCUCAGUUGUAGUGCUGUCCCCCAGCUGCUAUGAACAGUGCCUGGUACAUAGUGUGCAGUAAAUAACUUGAAUGAGUGAAUGGUUGAGGCAAACAGUCAUCAGAGUGACUCACCAGAGCUGUGCUUUCCAGGGCCUGUGCUCAGCACUUUGGGAAGAAGGGUCGGGGUUGUGACAUUGGGAGCAGCAGGUGAGGAGGGACCCGAGGAAGAGAAAGGCAAAGCUGCUGACAGUGGAGCCCGAGUGCCUGGAGGGCCAGUGAGGCUGUUGGGAGAGGAGGAGGUGGGUUGGGAGGGAGAAAGAUCCGCCGGAGUUUGGAUGUGGGCGUGUGAGGCUGGAGUUGCCUGAGAGCAUCUGGGGGCAGAUGUCCACCAGCCAGCUGGAACCUGGGAGGAGGCAGGAGAGGACAUGAGUUUCCAUCCCAGAGAGAUGGUGGCUGAAGCCAGGGGGGUGAGCGACGUGGCCAGGGAAUGAGAGGAGAGGGUUGAGAUCUAGCCUGUGCACGGGACGGGGAAGUGAGAGGAGAGUCGAGACAGUGGAGCGACUCGCAGUACGAAGGAGCCCUGCUGAGAGGCUGAGGCAGUGGGGACCAAGAAGAGAUUACCUCUCUUGGGUUUGCAGUUCGUCCCGCCAGGCCCCCCGAGUGCGGCAGUGAUAUGAGGGAACACGGAAGGGUUGGUUCUGGCCCAGAACCAACGGAAGGGUUGGUUCUGGUGGGGCGGAUCCAGACCUCAAGGUGGUCGUGUAAGAGUGUGGGUCUGUCACAGAGCCUUUGGAAGAUCAGUGUCAUCUAUAAAGGAGUACCAGUAACUCCUGCUGUGGGGGUUGUAAGGGUUCAUGCGAGGAUUGAUGGGGACCACGAAGGACUCCAUAACCGUUGGCUGCUGUUGUCAUUGGGACUUUUGCAGAGGGAAGGGGAGUUGACGUCGACGCAAUAAGCCAGGAGGAGUUUGGUGGUGCUGGGAAGGAGAGACAGCCUGGGAGAGGGGAAGGGGAACCGAGGUGGGCCUCAGGAGUGGGUCUGCAGAGGGACGAUGGGGACAGUGGCUGCCGGCCUGGCCCUACCAGUGGGUCCCGUGCCCAUCUAGAGGCCACCACUGGAUAAAGCUGUAGGAAAAGUGGUAAGAGUCUCUGGAAGGUGAAGUUUCUUUGAUGAUGAGGAGUUUGAAGACAAAAGAGCAAACUCAUGACCAGUAGAACGAGAAGUGGGGGGAAUUCCCUUUCCCCAGAGUCAGCAGAAAAAUCCAGAGGUCUUGCAGGCACAGUGGGAGGGGUUGGUGUUGGGCUAGGACCAGGGCGAGGGCCUCUGGCCAAGCAGGCCUGGUUGAGCGUUGGGGUCCUGUAGGGAACUCCCCCACUACCCAUGGAACAUGGUAUCUUUGGGCCUUCUCAAGAGUAAACCUUACAUUUUUCUUCACCUCUGACAUCAGCCUGGUCUCCCGAGAGCACUUGGGAACAGGGGGCUCCCCUGCCUCUUAGGCGUGCCCUUGGUGUGCCCUCCACGCCUUCCAGAGGGCAGAAUGAGGGUUGUCUUUCGCAUUGAUGAGAAUGAGGACCUAACCUGGCACAGGCCAGCAGGCUGAAGCGGGCUCUCCCUGUCAGGCCCCUCCCUGAGCACGGUGCUCAGGGUUACAACCUGCUCCUGUCAGGUCAACCCACUCCCAGCCCAGCCCUGCCGAGCUGCUCCAGUCUCCCGUGGCUCUGGCAAGGGUACAGACUCCAGGCUGGGCCAGGCUCCCGUGGCCCCUGUGUGACCUCUCUCCCACGUGUCCUCACAGGUGAGCCUUUUACUCUGAGCCUGCAGGUCCCAGCUUUGCCUUGAGUGGGGCCUCAAGUGUCCCAAGUGGCAGUACGUGGGGUGGUGCCUGGCCAUGGUGGGAGCAGAAUGAAUGUUAGGUCAUUGUUGCCAUUGUCCUGUCACUGCGGUGUCUCUCACACCCCCUCCACAGUCCGCCCAGGCUAGAAGGGACCCCUGUGUCCUUAGCCUUCAAAUCCACACAGCAGACAGAGCUGAUGCCGAGAGUAUAGGGACUCUGAGCUGGUUUGUGGGAGAUGGGGAAAGACUUCCUGGGUCACCCCAUCUCGGUUCAUUCAUCAGGGAAUAGUCAGCGUGUCACUUAAUCUUCACCACAACCCCCCAAGGCAAAGUGCUGUGACUAUCUGCAGAUGAGGCCCAGAGAAGCUUGUCACCCAGAGUCACUUAGCUAGUAAUUGUCACAGCCAGAAUACAAAGCCUGGUACUGAAUGGCCACUGUCCACAGCCUGCCUCCCCAAAGGACCAGUGUUGGACACUGGGAUCUGACCCAACCCUUUCCUGAAACCUCUGUCCAGGUGUAGACAGACCCCAGGCCCGCGGAAGCCUGGAGUGGUGGGCUUCAGUGAUCACCAGGCCCAAGGUCCCACUUCUGUGGCCAGCCAGUCCUGGGGGCCACGUUUGGUACAGAUCUGAGUGUUAGGGAGAGGACGACCUGCCUCCAGGGCAGCUGGUUCUCGUCCCGCAACAGCUUGGAGCCACCCUGGAGGGCUGGUGUCUGGAGCACUAGGGGCCAGUCUGAGCCGUAGAGGCCCCAAGAAGACUCCUGAGGGCUCUGCUGGUCGGUGGGAUGAGGAAGUGGGGAGGCCUCUGGACUUUGAAGGGGCCACACCGUCCAGCGUCUACGAUUUCAAAGAAGGGAAUUCUAGAGAAGGUCUCGGGCUGCAAGAGCAAGAGGAGGAAGCCCUUGGGAGGUGAGACAGGUUGGAGCAGGUCUCCCAGGUGCCGGGAAGGUGGGGCCCCAAGGGCAGGUGGGAAGAACACCUGAUUUUCUCUCUGAUGCUGGAGACAGAGGAGGCUGUGGUGCGGGUGUGGGGUGAGUGGGGCGUUAACCACAUGGGGAGUGGGCAGAGGCUGCCCUGGAAGAGGCUGAGGGGCCUGAGGAGGGCCCCACGGCCCUGCCGGUGCAGUGGGUUGAAUGGUGGCACCCCAAAGACAUGCCCACAUCCUAAUUCCUGGACCUUAUUUUUAAUGGGGGUGUUUGGUGUAAUUAAGAAUCUGGAGACGAGAUCAUCUUGGAUUAUUCAGGUGAACCCUAAAUCCAGCAACAAGUGUCCUUAUGAGACAGAGAAGAUGGGCCUGUGGCCACAGAGGCAGAGCUUGUAGUGAGGCAAGCACAGGCCAGGGGCCACCUGGAACCACCAGAGGCUGGAAGAGCCACAAGAGGAUCCUGCCCUAGAGCCUUCGGAGGGAGCUUGGCCCUGCUGGCACCUAGAUUCAGACUGCUGGCCUCCAAACGGCAAGAGGAUAACGUGCUGUUGUUUUAAGCCACCCUCCUCACAACAUCUCAAUGGGGGCCUGCCCGGGCUUUAUAGAUGAGGAGGGUGAAGGCUCCGGGUUGCCCAGCUUGUACAUGUCCUACCUGACACGAAGCCACCUGUCUGACUGCAAAGCCAGCCGUCUCCUGAGCACCCUGCGCUGCCCUACCCUGGCGAGGCUCCCAGAGCUUGAGCAGCCACAGGAAAGUAGGCUGCUGAUAGCAUCUUGGCGCUGCUCAGUAAAAAGAUGACCCGAGAAGAGGAGGACCCAGCUCCUGUCCGCACAGCCUCUGGGAGCAGAAGCUGGCAGGUGCACUGUUCCUGGAUCUCUUCUCCAGAGCCUGGGCAAAGCACGCCCCUGCCCAGUCCAGUGACCUUCGCCUGUCUAAGUCCUGGUUAAUUUUUGCCUAGUCGGUGGGCUGUGGGGCUCCUCCCCUCCAGGAUAUAAGACUGGCCUCAGGCUGCUGUGUUCCCUGCCUGCCCUGAGCUUCCCCACGCUCCCUCCCCACCCUCACCAUGGCCAAGGGCUUCUACAUUUCCAAACCUUUGGGCAUCCUGGGCAUUGUCCUGGGCGUGGCAGCCGUGUGCACCAUCAUUGCUCUGUCGGUGGUGUACGAUCAGGAGAAGAACAAGAAUGCCGAGAGCUCUGCUGGGGCCCCGACCAGCCCUGCCGCUACUGGGGCCCCGUCCAGCCCUGCCACUACUGUGACCACCACCUUGGACCAGAGCAAGCCAUGGAACCGAUACCGCCUCCCCAAGUCGCUGGUGCCUGACUCCUACAAUGUGAAGCUGAGGCCUUUCCUCACCCCCAACCAGGACGGCUUGUACACCUUCCGUGGUUCAAGCACUGUCCGCUUCACCUGCAAGGAGCCCACCGACGUCAUCAUCAUCCAUAGCAAGAAGCUCAACUACACCAAAACCCCCGACGACCACAUGGUGACCCUGCGGGGUGUGGGGGGCUCCCAGCCCCCCGGCAUCAGCCAUACUGAGCUGGUAGAGAUCACUGAGUACCUGGUGGUGCAUCUCAAGGGCCAGCUGGAGGUGAACAGCAUGUACGAGAUGGACAGUGAGUUUGUGGGCGAGCUGGCCGAUGACCUGGCAGGUUUCUACCGCAGCGAGUACAUGGAUGGCGGUGUCAAAAAGGUGCUGGCCACAACACAGAUGCAGUCUGCAGAUGCCCGGAAAUCCUUCCCCUGCUUUGACGAGCCGGCCAUGAAGGCCACGUUUAACAUCACCCUCAUCCACCCCAGUAACCUCACAGCCCUGUCGAACAUGCUGCCCAAAGGCCCCAGCGUCCCGUUCAGUGAAGACCCCACCUGGAGUGUCACCGAGUUCGACACCACGCCUGUGAUGUCCACGUACCUGCUGGCCUACAUCGUUAGCGAGUUCACUGCUGUGGAGGAGACGGCGCCUAAUAACGUCCUGAUCCGGAUCUGGGCUCGGCCGAGUGCAACCAAGGAGGGUCAUGGCAUUUAUGCCCUGAACAAGACAGGCCUCAUCCUCAACUUCUUCGCUGAACAUUACAACACAUCCUACCCACUCACGAAAUCCGACCAGAUUGGCUUGCCCGACUUCAACGCUGGUGCCAUGGAGAACUGGGGGCUGGUGACCUACCGGGAGAACGCUCUGCUGUUUGACCCAGAGUCCUCGUCCAGCAGCAACAAGGAGCGGGUGGUCACUGUGAUUGCUCACGAGCUGGCGCACCAGUGGUUUGGGAACCUGGUGACCGUGGCCUGGUGGAAUGACUUGUGGCUGAACGAGGGCUUUGCCUCCUACGUGGAGUACCUGGGUGCUGACCGUGCAGAACCCACCUGGAACUUGAAAGACCUCAUAGUGCUGAACGAGCUGUACCGCGUGAUGGCCGUGGACGCGCUGGCCUCCUCCCACCCGCUGUCCUCCCCUGCCGCGGAUGUCAACACGCCGGCCCAGAUCAGCGAGAUGUUCGACUCCAUCUCUUACAGCAAGGGAGCCUCAGUCCUCAGGAUGCUCUCCGACUUCCUGACUGAGGACCUGUUCAAGAAGGGCCUGUCGUCCUACCUCCAUGCCUUUAGCUACCAGAGCACCACCUACAAGGACUUGUGGGAUCACCUGCAGAAGGCUGUAGACAGCCAGACACAGAUCCAGCUGCCCUCCAAAGUGAGCGACAUCAUGGACCGCUGGAUCCUGCAGAUGGGCUUCCCCGUGAUCACCGUGGACACCAAGACGGGGAGCAUCUCCCAGGAGCACUUCCUUCUUGACUCCUCGUCCACAGACAUCCGUCCCUCAGAUUUCAACUACCUGUGGAUUGUUUCCAUCUCAUCUGUCAAAAGUGGUAAACAGCAGCAGCAGUACUGGCUGCCGAGCGUCCAACAAGCCCAGAGUGAUCUGUUCAAAACCACAGCUGACGACGAGUGGGUGCUGUUGAACCUCAACGUGACGGGUUAUUACCAGGUGAACUACGACGAGGACAACUGGAGGAAGAUUCAGUCUCAGCUACAGAACGACUUGUCGGCCAUCCCUGUCAUCAAUCGGGCACAGGUCAUCCACGACGCCUUUGACCUGGCCAGUGCCCGCAAGGUCCCUGUCACCCUGGCGCUGAACAACACCCUCUUCCUGAUCAAAGAGACAGAGUACAUGCCUUGGCAGGCUGCCCUGAGCAGUCUGAGCUACUUCAAGCUCAUGUUCGACCGCUCGGAGGUCUAUGGCCCCAUGCAGAACUACCUGAAGAAACAGGUCACGCCCCUCUUCAAUCAUUUCCAAAGUGUUACCCAAAACUGGACUCAGCGCCCAGAAAAGCUAAUGGACCAAUACAACGAGGUUAACGCCAUCAGCACCGCCUGCUCCAGUGGGGUUCCUGAGUGCCAGCAGCUGGUCUCGAAACUUUUCGCCGAUUGGAUGAGUGACCCUGAUAAUAACCCGAUCCACCCCAACUUGCGGUCCACUGUCUACUGCAAUGCCAUUGCCGAGGGUGGCGAGAAAGAGUGGAACUUCGCCUGGGAGCAGUUCAAAAAAGCCACCUUGGUAAACGAAGCUGACAAGCUCCGAGCAGCCCUGGCCUGUAGCAAGCAGGUCUGGAUCCUGAACAGGUACCUGAGUUACACCCUGAACCCUGACUUAAUCCGGAAGCAGGAUGCUACCUCCACUAUCAGCAGUAUCGCCAGCAACGUCCUUGGGCACACUCUGGCCUGGGACUUUGUUCAGAGCAACUGGGAGAAGCUCUUUAAUGAUUACGGUGGUGGAUCCUUCUCCUUCUCCAACCUCAUUCAGGCAGUGACCCGACGAUUCUCCUCUGAGCAUGAGCUGAAGCAGCUGGAGCAGUUUAAGAAUAACAACAUGGCCACAGGCUUCGGCUCAGCCACCCGGGCCCUGGAGCAAGCCCUGGAGAAGACCAAAGCCAACAUCAAAUGGGUGAAGGAAAACCAGGAGUUGGUGCUCAAGUGGUUCACAGACAACAGCUAAUAGUCGCCGGCCCCCACGUGAGAUGCCCAGAUGCAUCUGUCCCGGGGCCCAUGCCUGGGCCCCCAUUCCUGGAGCCCAAGACACCAGCGUACUCCCUUCAGGGACCAAGUCUCUGACCCACGUUCUCUCCACUCUGCCUGUGGGGCCAAUCCAGCUCCUGAUGGCCAGACUGUGCAAGCACUUCCCACCCCUGCCCUCGUGCCAACCCCACCCCAGGCCUGGCAUGACUCCUGUCGCCCAGGGCCCCGGGGAUGAUCUCAGGGAAGCCCAGCUCCAGUGCCAGAUGAGCAGAAGCCCUCAAUGGACUAUGAAUGGCCUUGGGGGGGCUGCUCUGCGCCCUCUGUCGCCUUCCCAAAAAGACCCUGAAACUGGGGACUCCAUAGGAUACCAGAUCUGUAUAUUUUUUUUCUAUAAUAAGAGAAAAUGUAGAUAAAGGAUUUCUAGAUGA